UGAUAGUUUAUUCCUUUGGGCAAUGACUUGCUUUAUAACCAGGCGGUGUUGAUAUGUAAUCUUAAGGAUGUUUAGUGAUACGUCAUCUUCUGUAGUUCUUUUGAGGAGUGACCAGACCGUGCAACCUGAUGGAAGUUUAUCUACAAACAAACAGCACUUCACUGCACAAUGCCAACCAGUGAUGGGGACACAAAUAAAUGCAUAGAAACAACAACUACAAAUAAUAUGCAAACUAAAAACAGAUUGACAUGCCAUCUUGUGGUUGCUUCGCUGGUUGGAGCUCUUGGCUCAUCAUUUUUGUACGGUUAUAACCUGUCAGUAGUAAAUGCACCAGCAGUGUACGUUAAAGCCUUUUGCAAUGAGUCAUGGACCAGGCGCUUUGGAACAGCCAUUGAGACCAAGUCAUUAACUCUUCUCUGGUCAAUAAUUGUCUCUAUCUGUGCCAUUGGUGGUCUGAUUGGUGCAUUUAUUGUUACCCCAUUUGUGAAACACUUGGGCAGGAAAGGCACACUUCUCUUAAAUAAUGGAUUUGCAAUUCUUGCUGCUUUAUUGAUGUCCUUGAGUGAAACUGCUGGCUUCUUCGAAAUGCUGAUUCUGGGGCGUCUUAUUAUUGGAGUGAAUGGAGGCAUUGCCCUCAGUGCCCUUCCUAUGUACUUGGGUGAAAUCUCACAGAAACACAUCCGUGGCUCCCUAGGGCAGGUCACAUCUAUUUUCAUCUGUGUUGGUGUCUUUGUUGGUCAGAUCUUGGGACUUCCGGAGAUACUUGGCAAGGAGUCCAGUUGGCCAUUAAUGUUUGGGCUAAAUGCAGUUCCAGCUGUUAUCCAGCUUGCUGUUCUGCCCUUCCUUCCAGAAAGCCCUCGGUACCUGCUGUUUGAAAAGAAUGAUGUUUCUCAAGCCAAGAAAGCAUUUCAAAUCUUUCAUGGGAAAGACGAUGUCACGAAGGAACUGGAGGAAGUCCAGGCAGAAAGGAAAGCCCAAAAACAUGUUCACUUGGUAUCAGUGGUGGAGUUACUGCGCAAGCAGUCUAUGCGCUGGCAAGUCAUCACAGUCAUUGUUGUUAUGGCCUGCUACCAGCUCUGUGGUCUGAAUGCUAUCUGGUUCUACACAAGCAGCAUCUUCAAAGAGUCUGGCAUCAGUGACAAUCACAUCCCAUACAUCACUCUGAGCACCGGUGCCAUUGAGAUCACUGCUGCAAUUAUUUCUGGUUUGACCAUAGAACGACUUGGACGACGAUCUCUUCUCAUUGGUGGAUUUAGUUUGAUGUCAUUGUCCUUUGGACUACUCACAAUUUCUCUCAAUCUACAGGACACGGUAUCCUGGAUGCCAUAUGUGAGUGUGAUCUGCAUUCUUGCUGUAAUAGCAUCAUUCUGCAUUGGUCCAGGAGGGAUUCCUUUCAUCCUCACUGGUGAGAUGUUUGAUCAAUCCAGUCGAUCUGCUGCAUUCAUGGUUGGUGGCACAGUGCUCUGGAUUUCUAACUUUUUUGUUGGACUUCUUUUUCCGCUUAUCCAGAGUAACUUGGGAUCAUUCUGUUUCCUACUAUUUGCUGCAAUUUGUAUGCUAGGGUCAAUAUAUCUCUACAUCGUCUUACCUGAAACCAAAAAUAAAACAUUUGCACAAAUAUAUCAAUCAUUUGUAAAAAUCAACAAAAUAUCGGAGCAAGAAAUUGAGCAGACUCCAUCAAUGGAGAAUGAAGUGAUGAUUCCAUUAGAUGAUGUGGUGAAGAACAUCUCAAACCAGCACUCUGAUAAUGUUGAGUGUAUUUAAUAACAGAUAGUCACCAAUUGUUUCUCUGUUACUGCAUUAAAUGUUGGCAUUACUUAUUACAGAGCUUUGAACUGUUCACCCUCAUUGUCUAGCUGGUUCACCAAAAACUGUUUUAAUGGACAGGAUGUACCAGUCAAGACAGUGUGGUGAGAACACAGUUAUUCUGUUUGCUUUUUGCAGCUGCAUCAUCUCAGUACUUAUAAAGAGACCCUUUGUAAUUUCACUACAAUAGCACAAACACAAACACUUACCACACUUUAAGUCUUGAGAAAGAGAAAAAUGGAUACAGUCACUGUUCCUCUUUGUGUUGGAAUAUAUUUAUUUGUGGUGCUAACAUAUUACUCUA